CGCCAAUCACUGAGCAGCCGAGAGGUAGGGGCGUGGAUAAGCCAGGGAAAGUUACAACUCGCUGGAAAGAUAAUGCAGACCAGGAAGCCCCGGGCACAGCAGGGUGGAAAAGCCAGAUCCCGACUCCGCCGGAGGGGGGCCCCUUUGAGGUCCUGGGCAUCGGGUGCCAGGAUCAAAGAAACUGACUGAAACCUAGCUGAUCUGUCCAGACUAUGGCAUCCUGGGGACUCCUUGUGGCUGGCGCUUCUUUCGCGGCGUUUCGGGGACUGCACUGGGGGCUGCAGCUGCUGCCCACCCCGAAAUCUGUUCGGGACCGCUGGAUGUGGCGGAACAUUUUCGUUUCGCUGAUACACAGCCUACUCUCUGGAGUAGGGGCGCUGGUCGGGCUGUGGCUGUUUCCUCAAAUGGUCACCGACCCAAUUAAUGAUCACCCACCGUGGGCACAGGACCUAGUAGCAGUGUCAGUGGGUUAUUUCGCUGCAGAUGGAGUUGAUAUGCUGUGGAACCAGACAUUGGCUCAGGCCUGGGACCUUCUCUGUCACCAUUUGGCGGUAGUGAGCUGCCUCAGCACCGCUGUUGUGUCUGGCCACUAUGUGGGCUUCUCUAUGGUAUCCCUGCUUCUGGAGCUGAAUUCCAUCUGUUUGCAUCUACGGAAGCUACUGCUGCUAUCCCAUAAGGCCCCAUCCUUGGCCUUCAGAGUAAGCAGUUGGGCCAGCCUGGCCACCCUGGUUCUCUUCCGCCUUCUGCCUCUGGGAUGGAUGAGUCUGUGGUUGUCCCGGCAGCACUACCAGCUGUCUCUUGCUCUGGUUCUGCUUUGUGUGGCUGGGCUGGUCACCGUGGGCAGCAUAAGCAUCUCCACGGGGAUCCGAAUUCUGACCAAGGAUAUCUUGCAGUCUCGGCCCUACCCGUUUAUCCUCAUGCACAAGGAAACCAAGACAUGUGAGCCUGUUGCCAGGAACACGUCCACUCUCAGUCUGAAAGGUGUGGAGGUUUUCUCUUCUGUCAGCCCCCAGGGAGGAGGGGCUGGGAAGAGGAGAUGGUAGCCCACGGCAUAGUCUACUGUGUAGCAAGGACUAGACUGUAUCAUCAGCAUCUCAGGACCUCUUUCAGCUAACUCACUUCUCUCCCCUUCCAAGAUGCAAGAAGAAAUGUGGAUGUUAGUGGCUACAUGGGAACCUAGGCUACUGCUCACUGAAUUCCUUUGCUCCCGUGUAAGGCAAUGGGAGAGGAGGUCCUUCUAGAAUCAGAGGCCUGGCAUGGAGGGAGUAGAGCCAGAAGCAGAGAGACCUCAUUUAUGAUCAAAUGCUGGACAUGAGAUAAGAGCACAAGAAACAUAUCUGUUACCAGGAGGGAGGGGCAUGGCAGUUGCCAGUGACAGACGGAAGAAGCCAGGCCAUGGCACUUGCUACUGAUCCUUCUGAUCGAUCCCCUAGUCAGACUGCAAGUCCCAGGUUAUACCCAACCCUCCUCUACUAUGUACAGCCUUUCUAAUUCUUGUGUAUCUUCUGACCUUUUUAAAGAAAUGUGAAUUCUUCGAUGAACAUGGUGUGUCUCCUAAGGCAGCACAGGAGCCCCAAACCAUAAAAGGGACUAAAGCAUCCAGUGUGAUCACCCAGUGCUAAGCAUCCAGUGUGAUCACCCAGAGCUAAGCAUCCAGUGUGAUCACCCAGAGCUAAGCAUCCAGUGUGAUCACCCAGAGCUAAGCAUCCAGUGUGAUCACCCAGUGCUAAGCAUCCAGUGUGAUCACCAAGUGCUAAGCAUCCAGUGUGAUCACCCAGUGCUAAGCAUCCAG